CAGCAGGCCACAUUGCUUGCACACCGACGUUGUGGGCGACGACAUCUCCUUCUCUGAGAGCAACGACCAAACGAGACAAGCCCAGGAGCUCGCUAGCAUGGAAGGACCUUUGAUGACUCCAUCACAAGAGGGAAUCGGGCACCCGGAGAGCAGCCCGACGAACAGGAGGAGGCCAUUGGAAAAGCACGGCGUGUCGUGCCGCUUGUGCCUUGACGAGAUCCGUGGAGUGCGAUGGACCUGCAUCAAUUGUCCCUGCUGGAGCGUGUGCUCGGGCUGCUUCGACACAGCGGCAGACCUCGAUGUGCACCCUUCGCAUACCUUUGUCAAAAUCCACUGGGCCGGUGACGUCUUUUCAACCUCUCCCUCAGCGGCGCAAACGAUGCCUGCGAUCCAUCUCGACGUGUCGUGCAAAUCAUGCGGAGGAACCGUCGUAGGCGCUCUCUAUCAAUGCGCUGUGCAAGAGUGCCAAGACAAGGGAGGCUACACCAUUUGCCAGGAUUGCGAAGCACUGCCCAUCGACGUGCAUCCAGCCUCUCAUCCGCUCAUCAAGUACAAGCUCCCUGUGGGGCUCUGCCGCGCUGCCGUUUGUGGACCUUCUGAGAAGCAAGCUGGGAAACUUGAUUCUGACACAAAACAGCGGUUUCGUUUCCUCAAUGCCAACGGGCAGAUUCGAACCGUCGUCGACCUCAGUGCUUCCUCCGGCCAUGACGCCGCUUCCUCUGAUCAACAACGUGUGCCGUCCCCGCUGCAGGUCGACUAUGUCUGCGACGGGGAGAAGCCAUGGGGAAGUAUUGUGAGGCCCCUCGAGAUUUUCACAAAAUCGUGGCAUGUCGUCAAUGUCGGAUCGAGGCCUUGGCCCAAGGGGUUAAGCCUGCAGCGAACAUCGAGAGCACAAUUCAGUCCGGCCGGUUCUGAUCGCAUCCUGCUCCAUCGCAUGCCGCUCAUGUCGGGCGGGCGCUAUGAGGUCAAGAUUCAUGAACUCAUGGCACCGAAGCUGCCGGGGACCUAUGUCGAGACAUGGAGGAUCGUCGAUGAGACUGGCUGGCCCAUGGCCGGCCCUGCGGGUAUCUCGGGCAACGAAGCGGCAGCGUUCGAAAUCCGGCUGGCCGUGGCCGAAAAGGAAACCACGGCAGAGCUGGCAGACGUCCACGGCGGCGAUCGCUUCUAUGGAUUGUCCGACCAACAUAGGAGAGUCGUUGUCCAGACGGAACCGGGAGUUGACGUAGCCGAAACCCCUGACGCCGACUUGCUGCAAUUGACGAAGGGCGAAGAAGAACCACAUGCAGCAGCAACAGACUGGAACGAGAGGGUUCUAAAGAGCAGGGCUCGACGCCAACAGCCUGGGGUCAAGGUUCUGGCCACCAGGAUUGAAUGGUCGACGACUGCGCAGGAUCAAGAACCAGCCUUCGGUUAUGGACAGCUCUUCGCAUUCCGAUGGUUGGUUGUCAACGACGGCGUGGAGCCAUGGCCGCCAACUACGCAGCUUCAAUGCCAGUCACGAAACGCCAGCUUCAUGGAGUGCAUGGAUCUGUCUCAAGGGACUGCGAGGGCCUAG